CUGUGUCUGUGACAGCGCGCGCGCCCACGCACAGACAGGCUGCGUGAAUCUUAAUUGUGUGAUCUCCACUGACGGAGUCAGUAAUGCUGCUGAGACUCACGGAGCCGCGCACAACGAUGAGAUGCUCCCAUCGAGGAGGACACAAAUGGACAGCUUAGUUCAGCCGCUCGUCGCCCAGUACCUUGCCAUGGGAUGCCAGACGAAAGAAAACGCCCAAAACCAAAACCCGACGUCGGACGACAAGGGGAAAGAAGCCCAGAAAGCGACACCCGGAUGUGGCUCCAGGUUGAGAGUGUCCCCUCCCAGGCGACCUCAGAGGUUCCACAAACCCAGUCCGGCUUACAACACCCCGGCAAAAGUAAUGAUGCCACUGGGAAACCUCACCAAAGGAGCGAGCUGGGAGGAGCUGAUCCAGGCCUGUCUGCAGUCCUUCGACUCUGAUGGUUGCGUAUGUGGGAGCAGCCACCUGUUGAACAUCACCUUGACGAUGCACCGCCUCCUCAUCUCAUCCGAUGACCUCCUGGAAAAACUCAUCACUUCAUUUAAAACAGGGUUGGACAACGAGCAGCCCGCUGAGUGCCAGAAGAUCUGUUACCUCAUCAGGCACUGGAUCCAGGAAUUCUGGAUGAUGUUCCAGUUGCACCACAGCUUGUCAGACAGCCUGGACCAGUUCCGGGAUCUGAUCAGAGAGCAGGGACAGGAGUGUCUUUCCUCUCUCCUAGAGACCAAAUGGAUAAAUGAACGGGACUGGUCGUGGAAAGCAAGCCAGAAGAUCAAAGCCAACAGUAGUAAAAAAAGGAAGGUCUCACUCCUCUUUGACCAUCUUGAGCCCAUCGAAUUGGCUGAACACCUCACAUUUCUUGAGUUCAAGUCCUUCUGCAGGAUAUCAUUUGUCGACUACCAGAAUUACAUACGGAGCUGCUGCAUGAAGGACAUCCCAGUGAUGGAGCGUUCCAUCGCCCUGUGUAAUGGUAUCUCCCAGUGGGUUCAGCUGAUGGUGCUGAGCAGGCCGACCGCUCAGCUGAGAGCUGAGGUUUUCACCAAGUUCAUCCACGUGGCUCAGUGUCUUCAUGGGAUACACAACUACAACACUCUGAUGGCAGUGGUGGGGGGGCUUUGCCACAGCUCCAUAUCCAGACUGAAGGACACCACCUCGCAUGUGUCCAAUGAGGUCACAAAGGUGCUGAAUGAGAUGACAGACUUGCUGUCCUCUUGCAGAAAUUAUGAUAACUACAGACAUGCGUACAGCAGGUGCACCGGUUUUAAGAUCCCCAUCGUUGGCGUGCACCUGAAGGACCUGAUUUCAGUCAAUGAGGCCAUGCCCGAUUACACGGACAACAACAAGGUGAAUGUGCAGAAGCUACAGGCGCUCUACAGCCACAUUAAUGAGCUGAUCCAGCUGCAGCAGAUCCCACCCAGGCUGGAUGCCAACAAGGACCUGGUCCACCUGCUGACGUUGUCCUUGGACCUUUACUACACUGAAGAUGAAAUCUAUGAACUGUCUUAUGCCAGAGAACCCAAAAACUGCAAAGCACCACCAGCAACCCCGUCUAGACCCCCAGUGGUAGUUGACUGGGCAUCAGGAGUGGCUCCUAAACCUGACCCCCGAACUAUCAGCAAACAUGUGCAGAGGAUGGUGGAUUCUGUGUUUAAGAACUACGAUCACGAUGAGAACGGUUUUAUUUGUCAAGAGGACUUUAAAAAAAUUGCCGCCAGCUUCCCCUUCUCCUUCUGUGUUAUGGACAAAGAGAAGGAAGGCCUCGUCAGCAGAGACGAGAUCACAGCUUAUUUCAUGAGGGCCAGUGUUAUCUGCUCCAAACUGGGUCUGGGCUUUGUCCACAACUUCCAGGAAGCCACAUAUAUGAAACCCACUUUCUGUGACAACUGCUCAGGAUUUUUAUGGGGUGUGAUCAAGCAAGGCUAUAGAUGCAAAGACUGCGGGAUGAACUGCCACAAGCUGUGCAAGGACCAGGUGGCGUUUGAGUGCAAGAAGAACGCUAGAGUGACCAACGCCACUGACAGUCCCCCGCUGACAUCCACACUUUUUACAAUGGGAACCCCAGAGGGAUCUGAGGAAUGUCCUUUCCCCUACCAGUCAGAUGACAGCAAAGACUUUAGCCCGGACUCUCCUGUACCGUCCCACUCAAGGCCUUUGAGGGUCCAUAGUUACACCCAGACAGACAGUCCCCUUCAUCAGUCUUCAUCCCCAGAGUCCAGCCGCCUUCAUCCUUUUGUCCUGGCCCCAGCACCACCUAGUCUCACUCCAUGUCCUAGCCCCAUCCCCCAGCGAAAGCAACGCCACUGCGCCAAGUGGGAAAACAGAGCAUCUAUUGUGCACAACCCCAAGGAGACAGAAGAUGAUAGCAAACCCACCUAUGCGUGUCUGGAAUCAGACAAUCAGAGGCUCCAUAAAACCAAUGAAAAACUACGGAGGAAGCUAAAGGAGACAGAGCGGGAGGUGGAAAUACUAAAGGCGCUGCUGAAGAAGCACCCUCUCCACCCUGUGGAGGAGGACUCCUCCUCAUAGACAGAUGAACUGGACCUCCUCCACAGAAGCUGAACGGCAAAGUCUAUAAAUCUGGGUCCACUUAUUAGGCAUGGCUGGUGCAGACAAGGUGAUGCCUAGGUGUUUUUGCAUCCUGUAAAAUAAUGCACCAUUACCAGUGAAGCUGUUUCAACAUUAAUGGCAGAGCCAAAGAAAAAGUCAGCUAUCACAUCAGGGGUAAGGAGGCAGUGCUAUACUUUCAUUUUGGAUUUGAUAUUUCAAACCUGAAUUUAUUUAAUUUCAGUGUAAUUCACUAUUAUCCUUGUACUUGGCAUGGUGACGACAUGUUUACUUGAGAGUACCUGGUAGAUUGAAUUUUUGUCAAAGACCAAUUAUAAGCCAUCCUGCUAUUAAUGACUCUUGGGGCAACAGAAGUAACCAAUGCCCAGAAUGAUGGCAGUUGUCAGGGUGUGCCACUAUCAGAAGACCUGGCAGGGUAACAGUUAGGGGUUAGGACUUGAUUUUUCUACUGAACCCAACUAUUUUCUAAUUAACAGACCUUCUAACUACCAUAGAGGCCAAAGGGAUGCACCCAUUUGACCUAGUUGCGGCAGACAGAUGGUUACUUCCCAGAUGUGAGGUUGGACUGGUUGUCUGCCUAGGUGGCUGCCAUCCAGGACCUGGAGCGACUCCGUAGUGUGGUGGAUGCAGCAAGUUACAACGUCAAUACAUGUUCUAAGACUUGACAUCCACCUAACAAACCUUCUCAAGAUAAGGAUGUCAUCGCACGUAAGAUAAGACAGGAUCCCACAAAUAUAUUCCUGUCAAACUAGUUAAGUAGCAUCCAUGCUACCUGCAGCAGCUAGAUAGCCUAGCUCACAUAUUUAUUUAGGGUAGUUAGCAAAAUAGCCUAUUUUUGCAAGUCAAUAUCGAUACGAUCAGGAUUUCAGUGUACAAGAAGUUUAUGUUUAGCCCCACGCAAUUCUUUAGCAAACCCAAGGGGCUGUUGACAGUGACGUCACUGAUGACAUGUCCCGCGCGGUAAGCUACGGCGUUAAACACAGAGAACCGUCAUCUUGAGGUAUAUAAACGACAGCACUCAGAGCAUCAGUGGUAGUGUAACACACAUUUGGCAAAAUAGGAAUAACGCCCCAAUGGCGGUGCAGGUUGAUGGCUCGUACAUUCUGGGAACAUGUUAGGUGGACACUUGGCUGAUCAUCUGUAACCUGCAUUGCUUUGUCCCUGUGGAGUCUAAAACCUAUAGGUUGUAGCAUAUGCACAGCACCAUCUGCUGGCCUGUUUUACAUGUACACUUCUACAACUGUGGAGAGAACUCUUGCCUGUGGGGCUCCUUUGGAGGGGAGGGCUCUCUCCCGUUCUGGGGUAUACCUUUGUACAACAUGCGUCAUCACGCCCCAGGGUGGUAGGCAGUAAGGGGAUUCAUCUAGAUUAUAAACACCAAGUUUCUGGUCAUAUCUGGUCUGUGAUGGGAAUUCAUUGUAACGCUUGUACGACACCAUAAUGCUGCUGUUGCGCUCUUGUUAUUAGUACCUCACAAUGGUGGCCGGCCACCCCCCAUGGUGGCCAAAGCUGGAAGUACCAAAAUUCCUGGAUGUACUGACAAACCUAUUUUAAUAAAUGCCCAUUAAAACAAGGGUGCAAUAUGUUACAGUAAAAAUAGAAGAUUGUGAUUGGUCAAUUACUGUUACACCCAGUGGAAACACAAAACCUACCAAAAACAGUUUUGUGAAACCCCUACAAGCCCCUUGAUUAUUGCACCUUAAUGCAACACAAACACAGCACACGGUCCGAGUUGUACAGAACUGUUGUCGCUCUAUUGCACAAACUGUUUAUAAUAUUUAUUGUCCGAAACACUACCCAGCCGAUCAGAUAAGUGAACUUUUUCUAUGCCGAUAUUCUCAUGAGUCGUGCUUUUCUGUGUUGGUAACACCGACCGUAUCAUUUGUAUUAUUGUGUUGUUCACUGUAGCAGUGCUGUACUGUGAAUGAGAUAAAAGAUUACUUAGAAUUACUGUAUUUUACUGUAAAUACAGUGUUUCCACAUUUUACAUUUGUCCACUGUCAGUGUUGUUUUCUCUAAAUAAAUAAGUGCACCUUU